GAAUGUGGAUGCGUAAGCCUGUAAUUGUAAUUCGAUCAAAUAUGUCGCAUUCAUGACAUUCUAGCUGUGAUUGCUAAUGCAACUUCCUCUAGUUUGCUACCGACUGAAACUACAGAAAAGCUCAACAAUUGUCGUCCCUCGACGUUUUUCCUGCAGUGGAAAAGUUUGCGAGCGACAGACAAUUGGUCACCAUGGGAAUCAAAAAAAGUGCAACUAUGAGUUACAGAAAACUUCCCAAUCAAAUCCCUCUACUAAUUCGUAACAAACCUCAAUCAAACCCACAACCUUUUCAAUCAAACUCUCACGCCAAACAAUCCACUAAUCUCAUCAAAGCGUACUUCAAUAAUGGCCUGCUCAACCACGCACGCCAACUGUUCGAAGAAAUGCCUGACCGAGACGUAGUUGCAUGGACAGCCAUGAUUUCUGGAUACACAGGUUGUAACCACCACAACUCUGCGUGGAUGAUGUUUAAAGAUAUGACGAGGGAAAGUUCCGAUCACCCAAACGCCUUCACCUUUUCAAGCGUCUUAAAGGCUUGUAAAGGCAUGAAGUCCCAUUGCUGUGGUGCUUUAAGCCAUGGCCUUGCUUUGAAGCAUGGACUUGUUGGUGCCAGCAUAUAUGUCGAUAAUGCCCUUUUAGACAUGUACGCCACUUGUUGUGUUACUAUGGAGCUUUCUCAUUCCGUGUUUCAAGAGAUUCCUGUGAAAAAUCAGGUGUCUUGGACUACACUUAUAACCGGAUUCACUCAUAGAGACAAUGGGGUUGCAGCCCUUGAAAUAUUCCAACAAAUGUUUAUGGAAAAAGCCGAACAAAGCCCGUAUAGUUUCUCAAUUGCAAUCCGCGCAUGCGCAGGAAUCACCUCUCACACAUACGGAACACAAAUCCACGCUUCCGUGGUCAAACACGGGUUUGACCGUAACAUUCCCGUAUCAAACUCAUUACUCGACAUGUAUUGCAAAUGUAACCGUUUCCAAGAAGCCGACAAUUGUUUUAAAGAAAUGAACGAAAAAGACGACAUCACAUGGAACACAUUAAUAUCCGGAUACCAAAACUCCAAUCCAAUCAAGUCCCUACACUUGCUUUCACAAAUGGAGCUUUGCGGGUGUCACCCAAAUCACUUCACAUUCUCGAGCCUCAUCACCGCGUGUACUAAUCUCUCGAUUUUGACCUCCGGUCAACAAAUUCACGGAAAGAUUUUCAAAAUCGGACUCGACAACAAUUUGCCAUUAGCGAAUUCGCUAAUCGACAUGUACGCAAAGUCCGGUGACAUCGAGGAUUCCAAAAGGGUAUUUUCGGAAUUGCGUAAUCGGGAUGUUGUUUCGUGGACUUCGAUGAUGAUUGGAUUCGGGAACCACGGGUACGGAAACGAAGCGGUUCGGUUGUUUAAUGAAAUGGUGGAUUCGGGUAUACGACCCGAUAUGAUUGUAUUUAUGGCGAUUCUUACGGCUUGUAGUCAUUCGGGACUUGUUAAUGAGGGGUUGGAUUACUUUAAAUUGAUGAUUAAUGAGUAUGGAAUUAUCCCGAGUAGAGAGAUUUACGCGUGUGUUGUUGAUUUGCUCGGGCGGGGCGGGCGGGUUGGGGAGGCGUAUGAGGUGAUAAAAAGUAUGCCGUUUAAAGGGGAUGAAUCGGUUUGGGCAGCGUUCCUUGGAGCUUGUCGGGCACACGGGCAGCCGAAGAUGAUGAGUGAAUGUGCCCGAGAGGUGUUGGAUUUGAAGCCUAGAAAAUCGGGGAUUUAUGUGUUGUUGGGUGAUAUGUAUGCUUUGGAAGGUAAAUGGGGUGAUAGGGUGAAGAUGAGGCGGUUGUUGAAUGAAUCCGGGAAUAAGAAAGUCGCGGGGAGGAGUUGGGUGGAGGUUCGUGAUCGGAUUUAUAGUUUUGUUGCCGGAGAUGGAGAUAGGUGUGAUUCGUAUGUGGGGCCCAUUUACGAGGUUCUUAGCGUGUUGGGUCGUCACAUGGUAGAGAAGAUUGAAGUUUCUUGA